AUGAAUAAUAAUUUAUGUAGAAUAUGUUUGAAAAAAGGACUGUUGUCAUCUAUAUUUUUAAAAAAUUAUAACAAUAUAUACAUCCGUGAUAUGGUACAAAUUUGCAGCAAUGUUAUGGUAGAACAUAGUGAUGGAUUAUCUGAUCAAAUUUGUAGUAACUGUAUUUACAAAUUGGAAAUUGCAUAUCAUUUUAAACAAACUAGUGAAAGCUCUGAUUUACAAAUGAGACAACAUUUGGGACUAGAACUGUCAAGAAAAUAUAAAGAUGCCAGUAUAAUGACUGAUCCAAUGGUUCUUCAGAAGACUACAUUAAUAAAGAGAUGUAAUAAAUGUAAGCCAGAGCAAAGGAAAAGGUGUCGAAGGAAACCAGACUCUGAAAAAAUGCGACGUGGUCCGAAACCAAAACCAAAAAAAGUACACAAAUGUUCUCAAUGUCAUAAAGAAUUCAGAUGUCAGACACAACUUGAUAUGCAUGUUAGAACACAUACUGGGGAUAAGCCAUUUGGUUGUAUGUUUUGCCCUAAACAAUUUGCACAAAAACAUAAUCUCACAAUACAUUUACGUAUACACACAGGGGAAAAACCAUAUCAAUGUGAAAUGUGCAGCAAAACAUUCUCAACUCAAGGGAAUUUAUCUGUACACUUAAAAACACAUACAGGUCAAAAGGAUCAUAUAUGUGAAGUAUGUAAAAAGGCAUUUGUUACAUCAAGUGAAUUAAAUAGACAUAUGACAAAACAUACUGGUUUUAAAAAAUUUAAAUGUGAUCUGUGUGAUAAAGGUUUUACCCAAAAAAGAGAAUUGAGACUACACAAAAUGAGAAAACAUACAGUGUCUAAUGAAGCAGAUGAUCAAAGGGAUAACUUUAAUACAAUAGACAUUGUUAAUGUUGAUGAUGUUAAAAUAUUGCCAUCAACAUCUAAAGAUUCCACACAUUGUAAGAGUGAUGUAAACUUAACCAUCAAAAAUCAAGGGUUAUAUUUAUUUAGCCAUUCAGUAUUUGGACAAACUUUAACUUAA